AUGAUCCCAGCUACCACAACACAAGGGCUAUUUGCAGGCUUAAAUCCGAACCCAGGCUCUUUGUUUGCGCCUCAAGCUCAGAAAGCUGUUCAGCCUUUUAUGGUAUCGUCGCCUCAGAGAACAGUUGGGGGUCAAAGUAUUUUUGGAGUUAAUCCUAUAACAACACAGCCAGCACCAUCUCUAUUCCAGAAUCCGCAGCCUUCGCUAUUUCAGAACGCUUUGCCAGCUUCUGCUCCUCAGCCUGCCCAAAGCUUAUUUAAUCCUAUUCAGCCCACUCCUGGACAAUGGGGGCAGCCUGCUCAGCAGAUGCCUCAGAUGGCUCGUACAGAUAUAUUUGAAAAUCCUGACGCAUGACGAUACAAAAAAAUCGAGGCCUUAUCAGAGCCAUCAAAAGCAAAAUUCUACGAAAUUCAGCAGGAAAUCGAUAACAAUGAAAUCGCCUUAAAAAAUGCUGAGCAUGCCAUCUCAAAACUAACUGACCAUCAAGACGUCGUUAAUUCCAAAACAGAACAGCUCUUUAGCUAUUCUAAAAAAAUCGUCGCAAAAGCGAGAAGAACUGAAAGAGCUUUAGAAAUCCGAAAACAGUUUGAAGCCCAAGUCUCAAAAUUUGUGAGAGAAUUCAUCAAGGUCUGUGAACAAUGCAAUUCUGCAGAUCCUUAUCACAAAAUUGAAGCCCCAGCAGGGUUUUUAUCAGAACUACUUAAUAACUGUGAGCAGCGAAUAAAAGAGAUGGAAGAUAAUAUAAAGGAAAUCGAAGAAAUUGUUAAAACAGAAACAAUUCCAAGCCAAUUGAGCUUGCUGGUUCAUACGAUAAGUCUGAUGCAGGACAGGUUUAUAGUUAUAUCAGGAAUGGCGAAUGAUAUGCACAAGAAAGUAUUGGAACUGCAUAAUAAAGUCGCUGGAGUUAUGAGAGAUGUCUAUCAUUCUGAGAUGCCCCAAGGACUUUUCACACCAAAAGAUCAGACAGAAAUACUAGAAAAAAAGGCUGAGGAAUGCAUAGCUACAGAUAAUUGGCAUCAUGACAAAAAAAUAAGAGACGAGCUGGAAAUGACUGAAGAAAAAGACGCCCCAAAACCACCUGUGAUUAGGACCCCGUAUUCAAGUGUUAGAGAAGCCAUAGUCGGAAGAGCUGGUGUUUUGCAAGGGCUUUUGCCCAGAAGAUAUUAUUAA